AUGGCCACUAACACGUCUAAAUCCGACUACGUAACAACACCCGACGGCGUCCGCCUCCGCUACUGGCAAGAUGGGCCCCUCUCCGGCCCCAACGUAGUUUUUAUUUCGGGCUGGGUCCAGACAGCAGCCCAAUUUAAAAAGCAGGUCGAGCACUUCAAGAUCAAGUACCGCGUUACUACGUACGACCACCGGGGCCACGGCGAGUCAGAUAAGCCUGCCUUCGGGUACCGCAUAUCGCGGCUUGCCGCGGACCUAGAGGCCCUGCUAACGCAACUCGACCUACGCAACGCCACUCUCGUCGCACACUCGAUGGGCUCGUCUGUGACCUGGGCGCACUGGGAUCUAUUCCCACACGACCGGAUUUCCAAGCUCGUCUUCAUCGACCAGUCACCCUCCAUGACCGUCAACCCAGCAUGGACGCCCGAACAGGUCGCCGAAGCAGCUGCCAUAUUCCAGCCUUCGCAGCGCUUCGACAUCGCAAAUGCUCUGCGCAGUCCGCAGUGGAAGGAGGCAUGGACUGCGCUGUCGCGCAGCUUCUACACGCCGGAUGCGGACCCCAAGGAUAUCGAGUGGGCACUGGCCCAGUCGAUGAAGGCGUCGCCGGAAACCGCGGCGGCGCUGAUGGAGGACCAUGUCGCGAUUAAUUAUCGGGAUAUUUUCUCCCGGAUCACCGUGCCCACAUUGACGUUUGGUGCGAAGGGGAGCGUGUUCCCCACAGCGGCGCUGGAGUGGAUUGCGAAGCAGACGGGGGGCCGGGUAGAGGUGUUUGAGAAGGAGGAGGGGGGAAGCCAUUUUCUGUUCUGGGAGAAUCCGGACAAGUUCAACCGGAUAUUGGAGGAGUUUUUGAGUAGUUGA